AUGACACCAACCGUUAUUCUGAUCAGCGGCGCCAAUCGCGGCAUCGGCAGAGCUUUACUUGAGCGCUAUCUUCUGCGACCAAGCCACGUCGUUAUUGCCGCAAACCGGGACCCUGAUCAUGCCUCAUCGAAAAGUCUCGCCAGCCUGCCAAAACAUCCUGAAAGCCAACUUGUCGUAGUUAAGGUCGACGCGAAGAGUGAGACGGACGCCGCUAACACCGCGAAACAACUCCAACAGAAAGACGGUAUCGAUCAUAUCGAUAUCGUCAUCGCCAACGCGGGUGUUUCAUAUCGCUUCGGGAAAGUCUCUGAGAUAAAUAUUGAUGAUAUCAAGGACCACAUGGAGCCAAAUGCGUAUGGCGUUGUGAGGUUGUACCAAGCAACCCUGUCUCUAUUGCUGAAGUCGAGAAAUCCGAAAUGGGUUACUGUGGGUUCAGUUGCUGGAAGUAUCGAGAGAAGGCCGAGCGCCACUGAUGUAGACUGGCGAUACUACAUACUCGGAUUGAUGAUGCUAAACCUUGACCGAUAG